AUGAAGAAAAUAAUUUUGAAAGUGAUUAUCGUAGCAAUAGUUUUUUAGUAAUUGUCCCUAGCUCAUGAGGUAUCAUAGUAUAUUAAAAUAAACUAAAGCUAUAGAUUGAGAGCGUAGCCAAAUGAAUUUCAUACAUUUAAAAUAGCCAAAAGUGAUUUAUUACCUAAUUCAAAAUAUAAUAUCAAAAUAUCAUAUAUUGGAAGUCUUGUCUAUUAGAAGUAUUUAACUCAUUUUAUGAAAAUAAAGAUGGGACUCUAGUUCAGAGUUUAUUGGAAAAGCGAUGAAAUAAAUAGAAAAGUUGAAAUGGAAUUUAAACCUUUAGAUACAGAAAGAUUGUAUUUUUAUACAGACAAAAAUGGUGAAGUAGUAAACAUCAGAAGUGAGUCGAAAGAUGAAAUAAAUCAAGAAUACUUUUUUACUUUAGUGGGAUACAGAAAUACUAGGUCUAGAGACUUAGAAGCUAAAAAUUAAGAUUUUGAAUAUAUAAUGAAAAUAGAAGAGGUUAUCUUUGAUAAUGUACCAGUAUAUAUAUUUUAGCAGCUUAUCUUAUGUGUAGUUGCAACAAUAAUAGUUGCAUAUUUUACUUCAGUUAGCUACUUCAAAAAAAAUGGCUUUUUAAAUCGCAUUUUCUCUAACAAAGAAAUCUAAGAAGAAGACAAAAAAAACUAGUGA